UGUCCCUCCUAACCUCCCACUGCAACUCCCCUCCUCUCUCUCUCUCUCUCUCUCUCUCUCUAAAAGCUGAUAAAGAAGAUCGCGCCGGCGAAUACCCACCUGGGGAAACCAUGGAGGAGACGGCCGAGUGCUUCGCCGUGGCCUUUCCGGAAACGGGUCCCCAUCAUCAGCGGGAUAACGGCGUCGGCGAUCUCCAUUGCCAUUAUCAGCAGCAGGGGCUAAUGGGGUUCGCGGCCGAGGACGGCGGCUGCGGCGGCGGCGGGGAUCGCCGGGACGUCUCCCGCGUCGCGAUGGAAGAAGGGUUCCACCGGGUCGGGCCGGGGGACGAGGAUUAUGGCGAUGUGAAUCAGGUGGUCCUGCCGCCGCCGCCGCCGCCGCCGCCUUACGGUGGUGGCCAGUGUUCUUCGGAUUGGAACUACGCUGCUGCUCCGGGGACGGAGGGCUUGAGCCACGACAUGAUGGGCCAGCAGGUCGCCGAUUCCUUGCAGUUUCUGCAGAGCCAGGCCCUGCAGAACUUCGGCGGCGACGGCCCUUCCGACGUCUUCGCUCCGGCCGGGCUGCCGCCGGACCUCCUCAAUCUCUUCCGCCUGGCGCGAUGCUCCUCGUCCUCAUUGCUCCCCAGCUCGUCUCUGUCGUUUGCAAACCCUAACUCCCCCGCGCCGCCCGUCCUCUUCGACCCGCUCGUCCACCUGAGCAAUUUGCAGCCGCAGCCCCCGUUCAUGAGAGAGCUGUUCCAGUCUCUGCCGAACGGUGGAGCCUGUGGGUACAACGGCUUGCCACUCGCCGGCUCGUCGUCGUUGCUUGGCGGUGGCAAUAACAUCGAGAGAGGGGAAACCGAAGGGGACGAGGGAAACAAUAUGGGGAUGACGAUGAUGUACUGCGAGGAGGAUGGAGGCCAUCAGUUUGUGGAGAACGAUAAUGGGGUUUUCAAGUUCGGGAGCGACAUGAUGGCGGACAUGGAGGGCUGCCGUGUCAAGGUGAAGAUGGGGAAGAGGAGGAGAGGGAAGGUGACCAAGCCUUACACCACCGAGAGGGACAGGAGGUCCCAGAUCAAUGUCAAGUACGACGCCUUGAAGAAGUUGAUCCCCAGCCCUACCAAGGGUGAUAGGGCAUCCAUAGUGGGAGAUGCCAUUGACUACAUCAAGGAGCUCUUGAGAACCGUCAACGAGCUGAAACUGCUUGCGGAGAAGAAAAGAUGGGGGAUAGAGAGAAGCAAGAGGCAGAAGGUCGAGGAGGAGGGCUUUGAUGGGGAGAUCUCCAUAACCCCGAACCCGGGCAACCCGGUGGAUCAGUCCUUCAACAGGACUCUGAGGAGCUCUUGGCUCCAGAGGAAGUCGAAGGUCACUGAGGUCGAUGUCCGCAUAAUUGAAGACGAGGUCACGAUCAAGCUCGUGCAGCGGAAGAAGAUCAAUUGCUUGCUGCAUGUGUCUAGGGUUCUUGAUGAGCUCCAGUUGGAUCUCCACCAUGUUGCUGGUGGCCACAUUGGUGAACACUACAGCUUCCUGCUCAAUACCAAGAUCUGUGAAGGUUCAACAGUGUAUGCUAGCGCGAUUGCGAGCAAGCUCAUAGAGGUUGUUGACCAGCAGUAUGCAGCCACACCACCACCGUGCAGCGGCUACUAGGGUUUGAUGAGUUGGAGAGGAGAAGAAGACGGCGGUAUUGGAUGGAUUAUGCUGCCUUGUUAUCAAUAGAUACUGACACUAAUACUUAGUUACAGAAUAAAUAUAGUAGGAAUCAAGGGCUGCUGUUUGGCCAUAAAAAUCAAGUACUGCUGCAAUACCCUUUCCCAUUCUCUUGCGGUGACUUCUUUGAUACUUGCUGGAUGCUAUGUCAAGUAUUUUCUGAAUC